CGUCCAUCAGACCAAAUCUCCUUGAGCCAACUAGUGUGAUACAUUUCGAGACAUACAUACAGACUAAGACGCACCGCAAAAAGCACCACCCGGAGAGGUGCAUCCAUGGCACGGCACGCACUGUCCAAAUAAUGCUCAUUCUAGUCCUUGGUAGAUCCAUCAUUGUUACCAUCUUAUUCAUCUUCGUCAUCUUUGCCAAUGCUCCAAAAACUCUCGUGUCAAUUCAUUGGAAAAACCAGCCAUGUGCAUCUCGUUUCAAGAGCCUCAACACGAGAAAAAAAAAAAAACCUCCCAAGUAUCAUCGGAUGUCAAAAUAUACCAGGUCUCCCCCCCUCGUCUGUCUCUUUUUAACCAAACCUGAUCUGUCACCUCAUCAUGCUUGCGUUUGCGUUUUGCCUUUACUCAGAAAACUCACUCAGCCGGCAAGCCACAUAAACUCAUUUUAAUUCCCAAGUCUUUUGUCCCCCCCUAACUAAAAACCCAGCCAGCCAUGAAAAAAACAACCGCAAACAAACAAUGACUAAACAAGCACAACACGAUAAGAAGAAGGAAAGAGUACGGAGUUGAAAAAGUCCAUUAAUGAGUAACAAAUAAUGAACCCGCUCCAAAUCUAGACUCU